AUGAAAUUCACAACCACAAUUGCCCUAAGCGGUCUCAUCGCUUCCUCCCUCGCCGCUCCCUCCCGACCCAAUCAAGCCCGCGGUCACCGCAGCCACACCCUCCAAAAAAGUCAAAAAGCAGGAGGAUUUGCCCAACCUAGCGGUGGUUUCCCAGGAGGCUUUGGAGGUUUUGGAGGCCCACAAGGUGGUCGGGCGAGACCCACCGGUACCUCUUCUGGAUUCGGCUCUGGAUCCGAGUCUCAAGCUGCUGCAUUAGCUGCUACAAAACCAACUGCUAGCGGUAACUCUGGUGCUGUAGUACCCCCAGUCAUCGCAACACCUAUUGCAUCUAGUGCCGCUACCUCCAGUACCUCAUCUGCCGCCAUCAACAUUGCCAAUUCCUCCACAACAUCCACCUCCACCUCCACCUCCAAAGCAGUCACCGUGCACCCCGACGACGAAUACAACGUCUCCUGGGCCGGCGCCGUUCUCGACGACGGCGGCUCCACAAUCUACACCGGCGUGUACACCGAAUUCGUCGUGCCCACUCCCCAAAAACCCACGCGAGGCGAGACCUCCGCCGAAAUCUGGACCGUCUCCUCCUGGGUGGGCAUCGACGGGUACGAGCAAAGCAGCGAGUGUGCCGGACUCUGGCAAGCGGGAGUCGACGCCUCGAUCGAUCGUUCCGGGAAACGAACCUACGACGCCUGGUACGAAUGGUAUCCCGCGAACACUCUCGAGUUUGCGCUGCGCGUCACGGCGGGCGACACCAUCGCGGUGAAUCUGACCUACUCGUCGUUCACAAAGGGGAACCGUCACGAUGGAGAAUAAAUCGACGGGGAAGUCGGAGACCAAGACCGUGACAUCGACGGAUCGGCUGUGUGGACAGGCGGCGGAGUGGAUCAUGGAGGAUCUGAGUAUCUGUGGGUCGACGACCGGAUUGGCAAAUUAUGGGAAUGUCACGUUUAGUAAUGCGUAUGCGAUCACGAAGGAGGGAAAACGGGUGGGUCCUACCGGUGCGAAUAUCGUGGAUAUUAAGACGACUUCGAAUGAGAUCUUGACGAGUUCGUCGGUUACUGAGGAUAGUGUUGUUGUGGCUUAUGUUUAA